AUGAAACACAAGAUAAAUCUUGCAAACCCGUUGAAAUGUUUUUUCCCCCUUCACAAAUUAAACAAUGUGACACCAAAGGUACCAAAGCAACACGUGCCACCUGAAGGUCACAGGAGAUGCACCAGCACUUAUUAUCAACCCCGUCCCAUACACAAUGGAGACAAGCAUAGUGUAACAAACAAUGACUACCAUUCUCCAACAACAAAACCAAGAAUGGUAUCCAAGUCAGUGUACAAAGGUAAGCAUUGUUUUACAAACUGUGCAAUGUGCACAUCUUUUUCAAAAAUAAAAAAUGGGAUUUCCCAGCAUGGAUUGCAGACAAGAGAAAACUUCAAACUGGUCCCACAGACACAGGAACACAUUCCUUUUGAUGGGACAACUACCUACAGGUUGCAAUAUAUCCCGUAUCCAGUGCAGCCCAGGAAACCAAGCCAUCAGGACUAUAAGGGUCUAAGAACCCUGCCUCAAAGUCUUUGCCCCAAGUUGGCCCGGCCACCUGUCCAAGCCUUGGUAAAAAGCAAGGAGCCCCUACAGGCGAGAGCCACUACAAAAGUGGACUACAAGGCUUGGGACACAGUGCGUUGCCCCCAUUUGGUCCAAAAACAAAUGCUUGAGAGACCCAAGGGGACUUUUGAGAAAACCACCACUUCAAGAUUGGCAUACAUGUCCAAGACUGCCCAACGAGUAGUCAGCUGCAAACCUAUGCACAAGCCUUUGAACCCCAGGUGUAUGCUGGGUUGA